GGGGGGAGCAGCGCUGGAAGGUUCCUGACAGUGAGGGAACCUUCUCGAACUUUCCGUGUGCGUAUAAAUAAAGAGUCCCGCUUCGGAUGAGAGUUUUUACAGUAGAGCACUGACGUGUGAUGUGACAGAUAGUAUCACAACCAUUAGGACCAGGCUAAGAACUUUCCAAUUGACAGUUUGCGCAGAUACGACAUCAUUGAGCGGCAUUUCCGUCUGGAGGAGGAGGAGGAAGAAGACGGUAGAGUCCUAGCCGAAAGCCAGAAGUCGUUGCGCAUUAAACCAUUUUCUCCUAGGAAGAGUGGCGACGAAGUGACAACAUGGGAAAAGACUAUUAUAAGAUCCUGGGCACGCAGAAAGGGGCUUCGGACGAGGAAAUCAAGAAGGCGUAUCGUAAGCAAGCACUGCGUUAUCACCCGGACAAAAACAAGGCGCCGGACGCCGAGGAGAAAUUCAAAGAGGUGGCAGAGGCGUACGAUGUCCUCAGCGACCCGAAGAAGCGAGAUGUGUAUGACAAGUUCGGCGAAGAAGGGCUAAAGGGUGGCAUGGGAGGAGGGGGUCCCAAUGGCACCAACUUCAAUUACACAUUCCACGGGGACCCCCAUGCGGUGUUUGCAGAGUUUUUUGGUGGCCAGAACCCUUUUGAUGCUUUCUUCCGGCACAGUGCAGGUGACGAUGACAUGGACACAAGUGACCCCUUUGCCAGUUUUGGAAUGGGGGGCAUGGGAGGCUUUUCUCACGGCUUUGGCCGUUCAGGGCCAAGGCUCAGCCGGGACAGCAUCACCAAGAAGCAGGACCCACCAGUGGUGCACGACCUUAAAGUAACACUAGAGGAGAUCUUCAGUGGUUGUACAAAAAAAAUGAAAAUCUCCCAUAAGAGGCUCAACCCGGAUGGCAGGACCACUCGAAGUGAAGAUAAAAUUCUUACAAUUGAUGUGAAACGCGGUUGGAAAGAAGGCACAAAAAUUACUUUCCCUAAGGAAGGCGAUGAGACGCCAACCAACAUUCCAGCUGACAUCAUCUUUGUUUUGAAAGACAAACCCCACUCGGUAUUUAAACGGGACGGUUCGGACAUCGUUUUCCCAGCAAAAGUUACUCUUCGAGAGGCUCUCUGUGGAUGCACCGUCAAUUUUCCGACGCUGGAUGGCCGAACAUUACAAGUUGCAUUUAAAGAUGUGAUAAAGCCGGGACUCAAGUGGCGUAUCCCUGGUGAAGGACUUCCUUUACCCAAAUGCCCAGAGAGACGAGGUGACCUAGUUUUAGAGUUUGAGGUCAAAUUCCCAGAUCGCAUACCCCAGAGUACAAAAGACAUUUUGGGUCAAUUGCUACCUCCAUAGACCCAGUAGAAGAACUUUUUAGCUAGCGGCAAGUCUGUGAAGUCCAAACGACAUCCACUUCUCGGUCAGCACUUAGUCGGACUUGAGGAUUUGUGUAUAUAUUCUUCUUCUUCUAUUAUGUACUUUUGUUUUUGUUUCAGUUCAAGGUGACAAUAGAGGAACAAGCCAGCUCUGUACCUUGUCUUGGAACUUCAUGAAGCAACUCUUUGGAGUUUUCACAUUGCUUAGCGUUCUGGUCUGCAGUACAAGUCGGUUUGUCGGGCUUGAUUUUGUAACAAGUGAGUGUCGAAGCCCAUUUUUUAUUUUGGAGAUGAGACCCGUCGUUUGAUCCUGGCACAGUAUGGCUGGAGCAGACUUGUAGUCCCAAAGCUUGGCCGGCUGGCCGCCUAUGCAGCGUGUGUUCCUCACAGCCAUUCCGAUCAUUAAAGAGGUGACACUCCUCUUCCUCCUCCCUCAUGGGGUCCAUCAUGCGAUGGCGCCGUUGUCUUCCUCCAGAUUAGGGGCCAGGAUUACUUUGGGUUUGACUGAAAACCUGACUGGGCGUCUCAGAAUGGCAUUUUGAGUUGAGUUGCUAACCAAAGCUGAACACGGGCUCAGUGUAGUGAUGAUGAUGAUGAUGGUGGAGCGCAUAGACAAGUUCACUGUGAGUGCAGGAAUGGAAAUCCACAUUCUGCCAUUUUCAGCUUUAACACUCGGUGACUUGAGUUCAUGGUCUUAUUUACAGAUUUCUGGACAUAUUCCAGAAAGGAGAGGCGCGCUGCCUUUAAAAUAAAAAUGUAAAAAUCGCAGGUGCCGCUCCUCUCGAUCACUGGAUGUUUUGUAUAUGCAAUUUUGUAUAUUUUGAAGCUGUCGGUUUCUGAAUAAAAAAUAAUGGGUUCAGAAAGACUU